CCGCGAGCGGACUGGACCGGAGUAGUUUGUAAUCUUGCCUCAGUCGCGGUCGGUGUAUUAGCUGCUUUUCAGCGCUAAUAAACUUACUGAAUACAGCUCUGAGUGACAUGAACAGACACAAGAUGCGAGUUAUAGAAGCCUUACUUUUCAUAUUAACAAUUCAACAAGGUUAUGAUGCUCUGAUCAUCCAGGCAUCUUCAGACCCAGUCAGAGCAUUGGAAGGGGGCGAUGCCUUGUUCCAGUGGAUUCUCAAUAGAGAUUUAACAUCGCGGCCAGAUUUUCAAGGACUGGUCUUUGGACUUUAUCGGAAUGGCUACAUAGCAGCAUACAUAAUUACAGUGACAAAAACGAAGGAUAUUAUUUUGAACCCAGGCCUAAAGUACGAAGCACCACACCUAGAUGGCCGCGUGCAAUGGAAAGGAGACUUGUCCAAGUCCCUUGCAGCUUUCCAAAUUUCUCACAUUAGUCAAGAAGACCAAAUGCAAUAUGGACUAAUGAUAGAUUUUGGUGCUUUGAAGGAUUCAAAGACCAGCUUUGUUAGUCUGCAAAUUCAAGCUAGGUCUUCUAUCACAGCAGCGCUGUCACCACCCCUGUCAGUAACACCAGGUGGAAAUGCCUCAUUCUACUGUGAGUUUUACAUUGACGAGGUUGACAAAUCACUAUAUGAUACUGUCACUGUUGGCCUCUGGGAACUAGGCAGUGUCUACCGAACCCUGUCAACCCUCACCAAGCACAGCAACAUUAUUAUGAACCCAAAGCUGCACCAAGAAGCACCGGAAUACCAUGAAAGGGUUCAUGCUAGUUAUCUCUCCAACAAGACCAGCAAUACCUCAGUAAUAUCAGUGGUGCUUCUUAAUGUUGAGGUAUCCGAUGCUAGAUCUUAUGGCUGUAGCAUGGAUUUUGGGCCUUUUAAAGAACCCGUCGGCACAUCUGUGAGAAUAGAAGUUCAAGGUUCCUACAACGCCCUCGAUAGGCGCGCUUUGAAGUACAAAUCACAAAGGCAACCUGUUACAGUACGAGGUGGCAGCAACGUUUCGAUUCCCUGCCCAGAGUUUGCCAAGGUUAUUCAAGAGGAAGGAACGUUCAAGUCGUUGUCCUGGUCUUACUGUGAUCCCAAGACGUGCACCACGGAAAACAUGAAAUGGAGUUGGCUGGCUGGAUUAAACGGCAGCAGAGCUACCUUAGUUACCGAUAAAGGACGUUACGCGAACAGAGCUAUCUUGAUUCAGAAUGGUACACUGGAAAUAUACAAUGUGCAAGUGACCGACGCCACCAAUUACAGAUGCACGGUGAAAAGAAUUAACUUCACAACUCCAGCAUUUUACCAUGUGACCAUACGUGUCGACUCCAGCGUUGAACCUAAAAUUAUAACACGAAGUCCGAGUAAAGUAACCGUCAGCCUGGGAAGCACACUGUUCUUGAAAUGUCAGGCUGUGGGUGUACCAAGGCCGCUUGUAACCUGGAAGAAAGAUGGCAAACUCCUUCCGAGGCGUACCAACGAUCCCAACUUUGUACAUGAGAAUUUCACAAAAGAUGAUGCUGGUAACUAUGAAUGCACUGCUUCAAACUCUGCCGGAUCGGACAGUUAUCGCAUAGACGUGAUCGUAAGGGACGUGUUCAGAAAAGGUGAAGAUCUGAAAGAUAAGUCAAACACGUGGAACGACACUACAAUAGUUGCUACUGUUAUUGCUGUUGUUUUUGCACUGGUUAUUAUAGGCCUUGUGUCAUAUAUAUGCGGCUGCGAGAAGAGAGCGUUGUGUAGGAAUAAUCAAGAGCAAAUCGAUCAAAACACAAUUCCGAUGUUAUAGUGAUGCUUGAACAAAGAAAGUCUACGCAACUAUUUUGCUAACCUUUUUUCAAACAAUAAUAGGUCAUAAUACGUUAUGAGUAAUACUAGCUGUAUAUUAUAGUCUAAAGAAUGUGUUGGCCUGCGGCCUCGGGCCAUACUCAAAACCUCGGGCACAGUUUUUCGCAAUACCUGGGCGAUACGGGCCUCCCGCCAGG